AUGUUAAGAAACACAUAAAAAGACCAUUUGUUGUAGAUUGUGGUGUAAAAUAGGAAAUAAGUCUCUAAGAAAAAACAGUCAAUGAAACUUCAUAAGAGUGCAACUAUGGAGUAAAAUACUCUUUAAGCAAAGGAAUAACUUAGAGAUAUUUGA